AUGACAUGUCAAAAUUUCUACCAAACUGGUCAUAACGAGAAAUUUUGUUCAGCAACAUCAGUAGCUAAUCGAGCGCCAACAACAGUUGAUCGAGCAUCAACAACAACUGAUCCAGCACCGGUACCACCCAAACAAACACAAACAACAGUUAGACAACCACCUCUAUCUAGACCUCCAUCUAGAAUGCCCAAACUGCCGGUUGUUGGUGGAAAAGGUUUAUUAGAAACUGCACCUGUUACUAUGAAUCAACACCAAGCAGAUGCAAAUGUACGUGCAAGUGCGGAAGUGCAACAGAGCAAUGCAAAAAGAAAUGCUGAAAUGCAACAAUGUAAUGGAACCGAUAGAUAUACAAGGCACUAUACUCGAUUCACAAAGAGAAACCCAGCCUAUCAACAAGCUACACAACCUCAUGUCUACGGUGGUAGUAAAAAACUGUGGAAGCCACCUGGAUUUGCAGCAUAUCCACCAAAUAGAUAUGGUGUUUGGGAAGAUUCAAUCACCUCUAACAUAAUUUUACAUCCUAUGACUAGAGAUGAGGCUAUUCUACCUUAUAUCAACAGGAAAAGAGUGGAAAAUGAACCGGAACCAUUAUUCAUGACUGAAAAGAAAGAAGACUUUUAAAAA